UCCCAUAACUCGGACAUGCGCAGACGAAACCUCCUCUUUCUCGGUGGACGCAAUGGCGGACGCAGAAAAAAAAGUGCAGGCGGUCCCUGAGAGCCUUUUAAAAAGGCGAAAGGCCUAUGCCACCAUGAAGGCCAUGCGCGUCAAGAAGAUGCUGUCUGAGAAAAAGGACCGCAAGGUGACCAGGAAGCUCAUCUACAAGAGGGCUGAGAAGUACCACAAGGAGUACAGGCAGAUGUACAGGCGUGAGGUUCGCCUGGGCCGUACUGCUCGCAAAGUGGGAAACUACUAUGUGCCUGCUGAGCCCAAACUGGCCUUUGUUGUCAGGAUCAGAGGUAUCAAUGGUGUCAGCCCCAAGGUCCGCAAAGUUCUGCAGCUGAUGCGUCUGCGCCAGAUCUUCAACGGUGUGUUCGUCAGACUGAACAAGGCUUCCAUCAACAUGCUCAGGAUUGCUGAGCCUUACAUCGCUUGGGGAUACCCCAACCUGAAGUCUGUGCGUGAGCUCAUCUACAAACGUGGACAUGGCAGGAUGAGGAAACAGCGCAUUGCCCUCUCAGACAACGCUCUGGUGGAGAAGGCCCUCGGCAAAUAUGGCAUCAUCUGUGUUGAAGACCUCAUCCAUGAGAUUUACACAGUUGGAAAGAACUUCAAGCCCGCCAACAACUUCCUGUGGCCCUUCAAGCUGUCGUCACCCCGCGGCGGUAUGAACAAGAAGACCACUCACUUUGUGGAGGGAGGAGAUGCUGGCAACAGGGAGGACCAGAUCAACAGAAUGAUCAGGAGGAUGAACUAAAGUUAUGGUUUUCAAGGACUCAAACUGUACAAUAAAAACUUGGGACAAAAA